GGCGGAGGGCGACCGCGGCCCGGCCGGGCGGGCGGGCGGACGCGCGGGCAAGCGAGAGAACCGGCCGAGCCGGAGGACGGGAGGAGGAGGCGACCCGGCACGCCGGGGAUGUGACCCUGCGGCGAGAGGAGGACCGAGGCGGUCCCCGUGAGUGAGCGCCCGCGCCCCUGCCGGCGCACGGCCCCAGCCUCGCUGCCACUUUUAUUUCUGCGGCUGUCCCGGCGUGGCCCCGUCCGGAGGCGACCUCCGCCCCAAGGGCAUCCACAGGUCCUGCCCCUGGACACCUGGCCCUCCGCCCAGCCCGGCCAUGGCGCUGUGCCUCAAGCAGGUGUUCGCCAAGGACAAGACGUUCCGGCCUCGGAAGCGCUUCGAGCCAGGCACACAGCGCUUCGAGCUGUAUAAGAAGGCGCAGGCAUCGCUCAAGUCGGGCCUGGACCUGCGCAGUGUGGUGAGGCUGCCGCCGGGGGAGAACAUCGACGACUGGAUCGCCGUGCACGUGGUGGACUUCUUCAAUCGCAUCAACCUCAUCUACGGCACCAUGGCCGAGCGCUGCAGCGAAACCAGCUGCCCGGUCAUGGCCGGAGGGCCCCGCUACGAGUACCGCUGGCAGGACGAGCGCCAGUACAGGCGGCCGGCCAAGCUCUCGGCGCCGCGCUACAUGGCCUUGCUCAUGGACUGGAUCGAGGGCCUCAUCAAUGACGAGGAUGUCUUUCCCACUCGUGUGGAUGAAGCAAAAGCCAGUGGGGAAGUGAAGAAUGCCUGCUCCCUCCAGAUACUUUUGAAACACUUCCUGUUGCUGGAAGACAGCAGCCCCCCCGACAGGAGCAUUAUUUCAUUAUUUCAUUUCAGUUUACAGAGGAUUUACUUCUCAGAAGUUGGCAAGCACCACCUGCACCAGUACGCGGAUGGUGGACCGCUGAGCCCUGACCAAGGGGAAGAGAUGGGCAGCAGUGAACCCCUUCCCAUCGCAGAGGGUGACAGGAGGAAAAAGAAGAAGCGGAAGGCCCGGGCCACUGACUCCUUACCAGGGAAGUUUGAAGAUACGUACAAGCUGACCUCUGAAUUGCUUGGAGAGGGAGCCUAUGCCAAAGUUCAAGGUGCUGUGAGCCUGCAGAAUGGCAAAGAGUAUGCUGUCAAAAUCAUCGAAAAACAAGCAGGGCACAGCCGGAGUAGGGUGUUCCGAGAGGUGGAGACGCUCUAUCAGUGUCAGGGAAACAAGAACAUUUUGGAGCUGAUUGAGUUCUUUGAAGAUGACACAAGGUUUUACUUGGUCUUUGAGAAAUUGCAAGGAGGCUCCAUCCUGGCCCACAUCCAGAAGCAGAAGCACUUCAAUGAGCGAGAAGCCAGCCGAGUGGUGCGGGAUGUGGCCGCUGCCCUUGACUUUCUGCACACCAAAGGCAUCGCUCAUCGUGACCUGAAGCCGGAAAAUAUAUUGUGUGAGUCUCCAGAAAAGGUGUCUCCAGUGAAAAUCUGUGACUUUGACUUGGGCAGUGGGGUGAAAUUGAACAACUCCUGCACCCCCAUAACCACACCAGAGCUGACCACUCCAUGUGGCUCUGCGGAGUACAUGGCCCCAGAGGUGGUGGAGGUCUUCAGGGACGAGGCCACAUUUUACGACAAGCGCUGUGACCUGUGGAGCCUGGGCGUGGUUCUCUACAUCAUGCUGAGCGGCUACCCGCCCUUCGUAGGUCACUGUGGGACCGACUGUGGCUGGGACCGCGGAGAGGUCUGCAGGGUGUGCCAGAACAAGCUGUUCGAGAGCAUCCAGGAAGGCAAGUACGAGUUUCCCGACAAGGACUGGGCACACAUCUCCAGCGAGGCCAAAGACCUCAUCUCCAAGCUCCUGGUUCGCGAUGCAAAGCAGAGACUGAGUGCUGCCCAAGUUCUGCAGCACCCGUGGGUGCAGGGGCAAGCUCCAGAAAGGGGACUCCCCACGCCGCAAGUCCUCCAGAGAAAUAGCAGCACGAUGGACCUGACACUCUUCGCGGCUGAGGCCAUCGCCCUUAACCGCCAGCUUUCUCAGCGCGAGGAAGACGAGCUGGCAGAGGAGUCCGAGUCCCUGGUCGAGGGCCUCUGCUCUGUGAGGCUUUCCCCCCCCUGCAAGUCACGCCUGGCUCGCCGGAGGGCCCUGGCCCAGGCAGGCCGCAGCAGCGACCCGGAACCGUGCCCAACUCCCACCGCACUGUGACCUGCUCCGGCCCAGCCUCACGGACCUCAGCCUGCCCGGGUGCGGCCAAGUGUGCAAGGCAGGCGGAGGAAGCUGCUCGAUGUCUCCAUCCCAGAGAGGGCCCGUGGCUCCAUCCCCGCGACGGCUCGGAGGUUCCCACCCAACCCCCAUCUCCCCAGAGUCCUCCAGGAAAAAGCUCCAUCCAAAGGGUUUGUCUUUGAAAAGGAAAGCAAUCAGUUGUCACUUUGCAUAAUCGCCUGCGGCAGGGACAUCUCUCUGCUGGGCUCCUGCCCACCUGCUCACCCGCCUGCAGAUCCAGGAUCCAGCCGGCUCUCCAGGCGGCAGGCGGCUGGGGCUGCAGCCUUCGGGGAGCCAGCCUUGAGAAGUGGCAGUUGACAGAGGCUCGUUCCUCUCUCAGCACUGCCCACCCCCCACCCCCUCUGGUCCUUCCUCUGUCCUCCGGACGUCCUCCCCUUGGCUGAGCAAAGCCAUCCCCUCAAUUCAGGAAAGGGCAGGGAGCCUUCCGAGUUCAGGAGGCCAGAUCAGUCUUCCAGUCUAUGGCGCGGGAGAAGCACAUAAUCUUUCUUUGCCGGGACCAAAAUGUGUCCCUCAUUUAUCAUUCUCCUCCUUGUUUGGAAUUGCUGCUGAAGUCCGUAUUAUUUCGUUUAAAAAAAUAUGUUUGUUUUAACCAUGCACUUCCAGCAAAGAUGGGACUUUAAACUCCCACUGCAAGCCGGUGGAUUUUCCAGAGCAUGUCACGGCUUGCUCUUCCUUGAAUGUCCACGCAUGUGAAAGGUUUUAUUCAGCUGUUUCCUAUUAUUCUAACUGGUUUUAAGCUGUUAAGAUGACCAGUGACUUAGAGGCUGUGUCUGCUGGACGGCAGCACCAGUCCAGGGCCGUUAGAAGGGGCUCCGUGCCUGAUGUGGCCGCAGAUCGCAGGCAGCCCUGGUCCGAGCCAUGGGCCGCCGGCUGCCCGAGAGCCUGCAGGCGCAUCUGGCCUCCGAGAAGCUGGGGUGUCGAGCUGCCUAAAGAAAAUGGGUCUGUACGAGUCACACAGACACACAACACGACAAUGCUAUUAUACAGUGUGCUUGUUUUAAUAAAACUGUUUUAAAUU